AUGCAUCUCUGGGGUCAAAAUAUUGGAAAACAACCUUGGGCAGCAUAUAUACGACAAUUGAAAUCAGCCAUAAAAAAUGCUCAACAACAAUUGCAAUAUGGUUCUACUGAUGGAAAUUUUUAUGCCUUUUCCAGUGGUAGAACCCCUCGCAGUGUUGAUUGGAUCGAUUUUUGCCUGUACCUCAUGCCAACAUUACUUGCAGAGGCGUUGGUCAUACAAAAAAAAAUUGAUGUGGUAGAUACCAUCAACAAAAGAAACGCAAGACCAAAAUCAAAUUCAUCCCAUCAACUGGCAAAUGCUGAUGAUGAUUCCCUCGAAAAUCAAUUUGAUUUUGGUCGCAUUUCUGUCCACAAUUAUAGCUUAACUCCCAAAUGGCACGCAUUUUUGUUAAAACGACUUGGUAAAAACGUCUUUACCAUAAAUCAGCAUUAUAUGCUUCAUGUGACAGAAGCAAUUAGGCAGCUGAGCUCCCUUAAACUGAUAAGUGCCAGACCAAUGGAAAGACAGAUUGGUACUGUCAAAAGGCUGAGCAAGUCCAGGAGCAAGCCCGGGGAAAAUUCCGUGACUGUAGUCAAAGACCUUUGCUACAAUGCUUGCAAACGUUGGAACGAGCAAGUUAUUACCAGUCCUGUUGGUAUUGUGCUGGAACCGAUUGAGGGGCUCCAAAAGCAUAUCGGCGACGAAUUGUUUUUAGACCUCCUAAAAAAUGUGCACCUGGCGUUUGCCUCCUUGCAACAAAUGCCAACCAUCGCUGAUACGGUAGAGAUAAUCCACACUUAUUUCAUCACCACAAACAGCCAGACGAUAAAAAGCAAAAGUGGAAACAAAAAAGCAAAAGUCAUGAUCAAAGGUGUCGGGGAGGUAGGGUGUGGCAUUGCUGAUAUUGACACAAUUUUCAGCACGUUGUCUAAAAAAGGCGUAGGAGUAGGCAUUGCCAUUUUGGAUGAUGCCGCUAUCUCUUCUUGUAAAUUAUUUGCAAGUGGAGACGAGAACGUCUGCACAAAUAAACGUGAAUACAAAACUGCAGAUGUGCUCAAUUAUCUGGAGUUAAUCUUUAAUGCAACACAUAGCUUUCAUUAUACCAAUGUUGAUAUUAAGGAGGGAAAACCCUCGUUCAAUUCCUUGUUUGUCUACCUAUUUCUUGAAGCAAUAGCUGCUUUCUUGGCAGACAGUAUCCAUUAG